AUGACCGGCGGCGACGCUGCAGUUGCAGAUGCCUUCCAGGCCGGUCGCAUACCACAGGAGAUCAGCGUCGCGUACCUCGAUGAGGAUCGGGAUACGCCAUCGAUGGCGGCGUCCAUCGCCAUGUUCGUGUUGACCCUGGUGGUUGUUAACGGCCGCGCCUUUUCGAGAUUUUUCCUGAGGAAAAGCUUCGGUGUUGAUGACGCGCUUGCUGUUAUCGGAAUGGCGAUGUUCAUUGCGUUUGUGCCUCUAUGUAUUAUUCUCAUCAAUAUUGGAUCGGGUCGGCACUUUGAGUAUAUCCAGUAUGUCAUGACGCAGGAUACCCUGGAAGAGACGGAGAUUCUCGACUUUACGGCGCAUCUUAUCUACUCGACGGCGUUGCUUUUCUGUCGGUACUCUGGACUGGCGUUUUACUAUCGCGUGUGCGGAAUUCACAACGGUUUCCUCCGAUCGAUUAAGGGCCUCGCGGGCUUCCUCUUCGUCGGGUGGCUGACGCAGAUGCUACUCAUUGUCUUCCACUGUCUGCCGGUAACAGCCAUCUGGCCGUACGAGUGGCAAACGCAGUUCAACCAGUUUAAAUGCUUGCCUUGGGGCUUUGUGUACGGAAUCAACUCCGCCGUCUCAUUGCUGUGCGACUUUGUGUUGUUCGGAAUCCCGAUUGCCAUGCUGAGGAUGCUGGAAAUGACGAGGAAGCGCAAGAUCCAACUGGCCUGUAUCUUGCUUCCCGGUAUCCUUGUCGUCGCCAUCUCUGUCGUCCGUCUCAUAUUGGUCAUUAAUGGCCAAUGGCAACCCGACCAGUCAUGGAUUUAUAGCCCUUUGCUAGCGAUUGAGGUCGCUGAGAUUGGCGCAACACUAAUAGCCCUCUCUAUCCCGGGAAUCAGGCCGCUUGUAGAAGAGACACACAACCGUGUCAUUAUCUGGACAAGCAGACACUUCCCGUGCUGCUUCCGGAGGAGAAAAGACGCCAUGCACGGCGGCUCGUGGGACAGCGAAGCAUCAACCUGGCGAAAUGACCCAACACCAAGGCAAGCAGAUUUCAAAAUGAAGGAUAUCGAGGAGGUCCUCGGGCUGGAGCUUGAGGCCAUUGAAAAGUACGAAUCGAAAUCGAAACCAAAACAUGUGAGCACAAAGCCGGACAGGGCUAGUAAGGUGGCAAUCAAGGAAAUGAUGGAGAACCGCAUAUGA